AUGCGUGACCAGACUGCUAUGAAGGCAUCCGCACCAAUACACCAGUUGUCUUUCACUGCAGUCCUGUUCGCAGGAAUAAUCGUUGCCUCGACAGUGCUAGAGUUCAUGGCAGGCCAGAACUCCUGCCCAUGGCUCCAGCUAACCCAGCCACUGGAGGGAGGCGAGGGGUCAGAUAGUGACAUGUCUUUUGCGACCUCGGCAGUGAGCCCAGAACAUUUCACAACACAACAGUCCAUGAGCUCUUCAUUCGACUUUGAAUUUGAAACAACUUUCUCAACGCCCAUACCACCUUUUCCAACGCACGACGCAAGUUCACAGACACUUAGCUUCGCAGAAGCCCUCCAUCGUACCCAAGUAGUGGAUCAUGGAACAGAAGCAACCAACUUCAAUGCUGAAACGCAGCCCCAGUACUGUUCUCUUGACAUGCUUUCGGAUAAGUCCCUUCCAUUGAGACAAAGACCUGUUGAUGAAGCUGAGGGUUUCGCAUUUUUGGAUGCAUCAGAAACCUGCAGCUAUUAUGAACAGGGUCAAAUGGACCGUUUGCCAAGCAGAAAAAUAGCUGGACCUUCUUCCACCUUGCUGUUGACGUAUGUCAAAGGCCAUCAUUUCGAACCAAUACAGUCAAUUAAAGAAGACCUACCGUCCUCGAGAGAACAAUCAUUACCUCUAAGCCCAACUGAGACGUGCAUUAGCGACGAAGAGGGGAGUCCCCGCUCCUCAGUGAUUGAAAGUGACGAUUCCAGUAUAGAGGACAUUGAAGAAAGGAAAGCCUUUGCUUGCCCGUAUCUCCGGCUCGAUCCAGUGCGCCAUAUCGAAUGCUUGAGUCAUAGAAGACUAUCACCAGAAAAGCAGUGGCACGAGAUCUGGAAAACUCUGUUUAAUCAGACAUCACCAAGAGAAGGGCCUUAUCUCGGUGACUCUAAGGAAGAAAUCGUUGGAAGUAUGAUUGCGAUAUGUAAGAAGGGAAGCAGCCGAGUCGUUCCAGGGAUAUUAAGAAGUCUAGGAGUGCCAAAAGAUCAAGGAAAGGCUGUUCAACAGUUGAUGGAACAAUUAUUCAGCGGGUUUCAAGAAUUAUCGGGUGAAGCAUCGAAUAAUAUGGAGACAGAGAAGGCUUCAUCAUGCGGUGGCGUUGAUUCGAUACCAGCGACACCAAAGGACAUGGAGUUUGACUUUACUGUACCACUACAUCGAUCACCAACGCCACAGAUUCAAGUUUCUUACUCAACUGAGGACAUGACGAAAAUACAGGAAUCCAGUUCGGUAAUACCGACCGGAUUACCAGACUAUACCACUUCUGAGGGAAACGGGGAGGACGACAUCUUGAUGGGAUAUCAAUCUACAAAGAUCCUGAAGGCAAAUGUCCAAGUGAAACCUCCCUGUGCAGCUAGCAACAGCGAUUCACCCCGGAAGUCACUAAGAGGUUGGGUUCCUCUUCUCGAUGAUAUGAAGGACUCCAACUUAUGGGAAUAUGUUGAUGCAUGGGAAUGCGAUAACUGCGGAUUUGAAUACAUCUUCAGGUCUAGCGGAGCCAGCAGUGACAUGAUGUGCUUCAACUACCCAUGCCUAGGCCGAUUUCGCGGCGACUUCUGUUCAGUUUACAAGGUACCGGUUAGAAGGGGAGGUUGA